UUACAGCCGCCGCGGCCUCUCCCUCUCCGGAUCCGGAAGCUUCCUGCAGGCGGACUAGGAGGAAGGCGGCCUUUGCCGAGGCGAGCGGGAGGCCGAAUGGCGGCGGCGGCGGCGCUCGUUGCGCGGCUUUUCCCUUUACCGGGAGCGGCCGGCGGGAGCCUUUUGCCUGUUCCCGUGCUGAAUGCAGUUGCAGUGAGGUUUGUAGCCAGUAAUCGUGGAAAGAAAUCCCUAAAUAAUCCUCGGAGAAGAGCUGCAAGACAUUCUGGGCUCAAAAAACAUGACGGAGAGUUUGUUCAUGCGGGCAACAUACUGGCAACACAAAGACUGAUCCGCUGGCACCCAGGCGCUCAUGUGGGAAUUGGCCGAAAUAACUGUCUGUAUGCGUUGGAAGAUGGGGUUGUGAGAUUCACCAAGGAAGUGUAUGUGCCACAUCCCCUUAGUAGGCAAAGCUCGGAAGUGAUCUGCAACUUACCUAGAGGAGCUGUGCUGUAUAAGACUUUUGUCAAUGUAGUUCCCAAAAACGAGGUGGGGAGUUUCAAGUUGGUCGACAUGCUCUGAGCCUUUAUGUCUCCAGGAUGACCACAAGGAACCGCUUCGGUGGAUCCCCAAAUCUAGCAUGGGUCAUUCCCCUGUUGUUCUGUAUGACUUUUGCUCAGUUUAUCUGCUGUCGCUGGCUGAUGUUCGGCAGUGAAGGAGUUCGCGGAGCAUCCUCCCGAGUAAAUACACUUGAGAUAUGUUCUGGGCACCUCUAAUGAAAUAAAUUUUUUUUCCAAAAGGGAA